AUUCAGCGGUCGGGAGCUGCCCGCGAGGGGGAGCGGCUGGACGGAGAGCGCGACCCGUCCCGGGGGUGGGGCCGGGCACAGUGGCGAGAGGAGGCGAAGGUGGCCGCGGCAGCAGCAGCAGCAGCGCGGCAGCCUCGGACCCAGCCCGCAGCGCAGGGCGGCCGCCGCAGGUCCCCGCUCCCCUCCCGGUGCGCCCGCCCAUGGCGGCGGCGGGGCAGCUGUGCUUGCUCUACCUGUCGGCGGGGCUCCUGCCCCGGCUCGGCGCAGCCUUCAACUUGGACACCCACGAGGACAAUGUGAUCCGGAAAUCUGGGGACCCCGGGAGUCUCUUCGGCUUCUCGCUGGCCAUGCACUGGCAGCUGCAUCCCGAAGACAAGCGGCUGUUGCUGGUGGGGGCCCCUCGGGCAGAAGCCCUUCCACUGCAGAAAGCCAACAGGACAGGAGGCCUGUACAGCUGUGACAUCACCUCCCGGGAGCCGUGCACGCGGAUUGAAUUUGAUAACGAUGCUGACCCUUCGUCCGAGAGCAAGGAAGAUCAGUGGAUGGGGGUCACUGUCCAGAGCCAAGGUCCUGGGGGCAAAGUUGUGACAUGUGCUCAUCGAUAUGAAAAAAGGCAACAUGUUAAUACGAAGCAGGAAUCCCGAGACAUCUUUGGGAGGUGUUACGUCCUGAGCCAGAAUCUCAGGAUCGAAGAUGAUAUGGAUGGGGGAGACUGGAGCUUUUGUGACGGCCGAUUGAGAGGCCAUGAAAAAUUCGGCUCAUGCCAGCAAGGUGUAGCAGCUACUUUUACUAAAGACUUUCAUUACAUUGUGUUUGGAGCUCCGGGUACUUACAACUGGAAAGGGAUUGUUCGCGUAGAGCAAAAGAAUAACACUUUUUUUGACAUGAACAUCUUUGAAGAUGGGCCUUAUGAAGUUGGAGGAGAGACUGAGCAUGAUGAAAGUCUCGUUCCUGUUCCUGCUAACAGUUACUUAGGCUUUUCUUUGGACUCAGGGAAAGGUAUUGUUUCCAAGGAUGAGAUCACUUUUGUAUCUGGUGCGCCGAGAGCCAAUCACAGUGGAGCUGUGGUUUUGCUAAAAAGAGACUUGAAGUCUGCACAUCUUCUCCCCGAGCACAUAUUUGAUGGGGAAGGUCUGGCUUCUUCAUUUGGCUAUGAUGUGGCAGUGGCGGACCUCAACAAAGAUGGGUGGCAAGAUAUAAUUAUUGGAGCCCCACAGUAUUUUGAUAGAGAUGGAGAGGUUGGAGGUGCAGUGUAUGUCUACAUUAACCAGCAAGGCAGAUGGAAUAAUGUCAAACCAAUUCGUCUUAAUGGAACCAAGGAUUCUAUGUUUGGCAUUGCAGUCAAAAAUAUUGGAGAUAUUAAUCAGGAUGGCUACCCAGAUAUUGCAGUUGGAGCUCCCUAUGAUGAUAUGGGAAAGGUUUUUAUCUAUCAUGGAUCUGCAAAUGGAAUAAAUACCAAACCAACACAGGUUCUUGAGGGUACAUCACCUUAUUUUGGAUAUUCAAUUGCUGGAAAUAUGGACCUUGAUCGAAAUUCCUACCCUGAUGUGGCUGUUGGUUCCCUCUCAGAUUCAGUCACUGUUUUCAGAUCCCGGCCUGUGAUUGAUAUUCAGCAAACCAUCACAGUAACUCCUAAGAGAAUUGACCUCCGCCAGAGAACUGCAUGCGGGGCGCCCAGCGGGAUAUGCCUCAAGGUUAAAGCCUGUUUCGAAUAUACUGCCAAACCCGCAGGUUAUAAUCCUUCGAUAUCAAUUGUGGGCACACUUGAAGCUGAAAAAGAAAGAAGAAAAUCUGGGCUGUCGUCAAGAGUUCAUUUUCGAAACCAAGGUUCUGAGCCCAGGUAUACUCAAGAACUAACUCUGAAUAGGCAGAAGCAGAAAAUGUGCAUGGAGGAAACCCUCUGGCUACAGGAAAAUAUCAGAGAUAAGCUGCGUCCCAUUCCCAUAACUGCUUCAGUGGAGAUCAAAGAGCCAACCUCUCGUAGGCGAGUGAAUUCACUUCCAGAAGUUCUUCCAAUUCUGAAUUCAAACGAACCCAAGACUGUUCAUACAGAUGUGCACUUCUUAAAAGAGGGAUGUGGAGACGACAAUGUGUGUAAUAGCAACCUUAAACUAGAGUACAAAUUCUGUACCAGAGAAGGAAGUCAAGACAAAUUUUCUUAUUUACCAAUUCAAAAAGGUGUUCCAGAACUAGUUCUAAAAGAUCAGAAGGAUAUCGCUUUAGAAAUAACAGUGACAAACAGCCCUUCCAAUCCAAGGAAUCCCACAAAAGAUGGUGAUGAUGCGCAUGAAGCUAAACUCAUUGCGACAUUCCCAGACACUUUGACUUAUUCUGCAUAUAGAGAACUGAGGGCCUUCCCUGAGAAACAGUUGAGUUGUGUCGCCAACCAGAAUGGCUCGCAAGCAGACUGCGAUCUCGGAAAUCCUUUUAAAAGAAAUUCCAGUGUUACUUUUUAUUUGAUUUUAAGUACAACAGAGGUCACCUUUGACACCACAGAUCUGGAUAUUAAUCUGAAGUUGGAAACAACAAGCAAUCAAGAUAAUUUGGCUUCAAUUACAGCUAAAGCAAAAGUGGUUAUUGAACUGCUUUUAUCGGUCUCUGGAGUUGCUAAACCUUCCCAGGUGUAUUUUGGAGGUACAGUUGUUGGUGAGCAAGCUAUGAAAUCUGAAGAUGAAGUGGGAAGUUUAAUAGAGUAUGAAUUCAGGGUAAUUAACUUAGGUAAACCUCUUAAAAACCUUGGCACAGCAACUUUGAAUAUUCAGUGGCCAAAAGAAAUUAGCAAUGGCAAAUGGUUGCUUUAUUUGGUGAAAGUAGAAUCCAGAGGAUUGGAAAAGAUAACUUGUGAGCCACAAAGUGAAAUAAACUUCCUGAAGCUAAAGGAAUCUCACAACUCAAGAAGGAAACGGGAAAUUGCUGAAAAACAGAUAGAUGAUAACAGAAAAUUUUCUUUAUUUGCUGAAAGAAAAUACCAGACCCUUAACUGCAGCGUGAACGUGAACUGCGUGAACAUCAGGUGCCCGCUGCGAGGGCUGGACAGCAAGGCCUCUCUGGUUUUGCGCUCCAGGUUAUGGAACAGCACGUUUCUAGAGGAGUAUUCCAAACUGAACUACUUGGACAUUCUUGUGCGCGCUUCCAUUGAUGUGACCGCCGCUGCAGAAAACAUCAAGCUGCCAAAUGCGGGAACUCAGGUUCGUGUGACUGUGUUUCCCUCAAAGACUGUAGCUCAAUAUUCAGGAAUACCUUGGUGGAUCAUCCUAGUGGCUAUUCUUGCUGGGAUUUUGAUGCUUGCUCUAUUAGUGUUUUUACUAUGGAAGUGUGGAUUCUUUAAACGCUCUAGGUACGAUGAUAGCGUUCCCCGAUACCAUGCCGUAAGGAUCCGGAAAGAAGAGCGAGAGAUCAAAGAUGAAAAAUAUAAUGAUAACCUUGAAAAAAAACAGUGGAUCACAAAGUGGAAUGAAAAUGAAAGCUACUCAUAGGGAGGCC